AUGAGUCACCUUAAGGUGCUUGAGCUUUGGAAUAUAAAUUUUUCAGGAAGCCUCAAUAAUCUUUCUAAUGAAUUAGGAUAUCUUUCUUGGUAUGAAUAUCCUUUCACAUGUUUGCCAUCAGAAUUUCAAACUGACAAACUGGUUAAAUUGGAGCUACGCCGUAGCAAUAUCAAACAACUAUGGGAAGACUCAAAGCCUCUGCCCAGUUUGAGACGUAUUGAUCUCUCUAACUCGAAAAGUCUUAUUAAGACGCCAGAUUUUAGAGAGAUCCCAAAUCUGGAGCGGCUAGAUCUUGAAGGAUGCGUAAAACUUGUGCAGAUCCAUCCAUCCAUUGGAAUUUUGAAAAAGCUUAUUUUUUUGAACUUGCAAAAUUGUAAAAAUCUGGUCAGUAUUCCCAAUAGCAUUUUUGGAAUUUGUUCUCUUAAAGAUCUAAAUCUCUGUGGCUGCUCAAAAUUACUUAAGCUCUUAGAUAAAACAAAGGAUGGAGAUCAUUUGAAGAGGCUUGAAAUAAAGGAAAGAACUAUCCAACGACUGUCAACAUCAUCCAUCUACAAAAUUCUUAAGUUUCCUUUCCAUUCUCGGAGGCAUGGAGAUGCAUUUGGUUUAUUGCAAUUGCCUGAUUAUGCUUGUCUCCCAUGUUUGCAAUAUCUUGACCUAAGCUUCUGCAAUCUACUUGAGAUCCCUGAUGCUAUUGGGUUGUUACAUUCUUUAGAAAGAUUAAAUUUAGGAGGAAACAGUUUUGUGAAACUACCUUCUAGCAUCAAGGAACUUUCCAAACUUGUAGUUUUGAACCUGGACUACUGUAAGCAACUAAAAUACUUGCCUGAGCUCCCAUCAAGAACUCUCUUGCGAAUAAGAAGCGGAACAUUUUAUUCAUGGUUUUAUAUUUUUGAGUGUCCUAAAUUGUGUGAGAUGGAUCGCUGUUAUAGCAUGGCUUUUUCUUGGAUGAUACGAAUCCUAAAGGCACUUCACAUGCAAUCCUCUUCCGCCCUUGGUCAUGUUGAAAUUAUUAUUCCUGGAGCUCAAAUUCCAAUGUGGUUCUCCAAUCAAAAUAUAGGUCGUUCAAUAAGGCUGGAUCCUUCUCCCAUUUUGCUUAACAAAAAUUGGAUAGGUGUUGCUUGCUGUGUAGCAUUUGUGGGGCAUCAUGAUCCAACUAAUUUGAGUGAUGACAUAGGUUCUCCCAUUCUUUGCGGUUUCCAAACGAAAUUGAAUGGGUACUUUUCCCCCAUGCAAGCACAGGUUGGGAAAGAUCUGAUCACAGAUGGAUUAGAUCACAUGUGGCUACUCUUUUUCAGUCGAGAGGAAUUUUUUAGGAUAUAUGCAACAAAAGGAAUACAUGAUCUUCUUGAUGGUAUGAAAUUUGAAACCGAUGUUGGGCAUCCCAAAGGUUUGCAUUACGAGGUGAAAGAGUGUGGGUAUCGUUGGGUAUUUGAGGAGGAUCUGGAACAAUUAAACCCAGAAAUGAUGCUGGAGUCAAUUUUAACUGUGAACAUUGUUCAAGUCAUGAUUAGUAUUGGGCCUUGGAUUGCCAUGAAUGAUCUGCAGCUAGUUGUCAUGAUUUGGAGGGGGAAAAGGCACCCGUUUAGCACAAAAAUUAUUAGUUUAUCACCAUUUGUCUCAAACCAGAACACUAUCAUAGACCACCAAACUUUUCAUCCCCAAGUACUUGAACUUGAAGAUACCGGAAGAGCUCCUAAAUCACCUAAUAAAUUUGAAUCAUUUGAAGGAGUUUUACCAGUGGGAUUCAAAGAGAGGGUUCAAGGACGAGGGGUUGUGUGCAUAAGGGUAGGUAUAACUCGUAUAAGUUAUGGUGCAGUCUUUCAUAUGGUGCUCUCUGAUGUUAACAAGUUCCAAGGUCUCAAAGUGUUUGAGGAGUACCUAGUGUUAUUUAGGGACAGCAAUGGCCAGCUUCAUUGUUAUGAAGAUCGAUCCCUCCACAGGAUGCUAAUCUAA